ACUGACAACUGACAGGCGACAAAGAAAGGAAUUUGUUUUGGUGUUGAACUUUGAAGCCGUGAAAUAAUUUAAAAUGACAGUCCAGCAACUAAACUCGAAUAUUUCUGACGACUCAGAUGAUAUGGUUAGUUUACCAUCCGAGGAAGAAAUUUAUAGGCGAAAAUAUCAAUUGUUACUUGAAAGAUGUGAAGUGUUGCAACAGGAUAAUGAACGAAUAGUGAAUAGAAUACACGAGGUAAAGAAAAUAACAAAACGCUAUAAAAAGGACAUAAAGUUAUUAGUGGAAAGACUAGAUAAACAUGGCGAUGCAUUCAGGAACAUACCCAUUGAAACCGAAGUCAAACCAGAAGUAUUCACGAAGACUGUUAAAGGCAAUAAACCACAAACGCCCUUACGGCAGAUAGAUAAACAAAAUGCGACAGGUGGAAAGAAACCUGCACCCAAAAGAAAAAGCAAAGCAGACAAGCCAGAGAAAGAUCCCAACGCUCCGAAGAAACCUUGUAAUGCCUUCUUCCAAUUUUGCCAAGAACAAAGACCAGUGGUAGUAGCAGAAACAGCAACAGAAAUGGGCACAGAGCCCUCGAAACAAGAAGUCACACGGCAAUUAGCGUCACGGUGGAGAGCCCUCACAAAUGAAGAGAAAAGGGUAUAUGUAGCAAUGUUUGAGAGAUCAAAGGAAAAAUAUGCAGAGGAAAUGUCAGCAUACAUUAAAAAGGAGCAAUAGUAUUCAGCAAUUAAACAACUUAGCAGUUAAUCCCCUUGUGAUCUUAAGCUUUAAGUUAUUAUUUAAAUACAAUUUUAAUUUAAAAA